CUCUUGUACAAUCCUUUCGAUCCCUUGAGCCUCUUAAAUGGCUGGCCAGGUGCUUGAAGUUGACUAGCGCAUCAACGUCUUCAUCUCUAAAGAUCAAAGCUUGUGGCAGUAGUUGUUGCCUCACGGUAUCUCACUUUAGUGCCUCAGCAUCUCCCAUAUUUCGCUAUGGUGUACAACAACCCCGAUGGCAUCAUUGCUGCCACUGUGAUUGUGCAGUUUCUCGUCAUUGGCAUCGUAUGUUUGCGGAUCUUAUCUCGACGCAAGCAAGAGAAAAAACGUCUCAUCUCGGAUUGGUUGAUUUUGGCGGCCACGCUGAUGUCUAUGGGACUCGCGAUUGCACAGAUCUAUGGAGCUGCGAAUGGACCUUUGGGGUUACUGCUGGCUCCAAGGCUCAAAGCCGAUCCGUCGCACGCGGCCGACAUGGUUCAACUUCUCCGAGAAUAUAACUUCUCCUUCAUUGUGAUAGGCAUAGCUGCAAUCGGACUGAUCAAGAUAUCUGUAUCCCUGCUCUAUUUACAGAUAUUCAGCACUCGUAACUUCCGACCGUAUAUUAUAGGGUGGACCGUAAUCAUGGUCAUAUGGACCAUCGGAUUCCUACUCACCUUUCUUUCGCUCUGUGGAAGCCAUGGAACACUAGCAUCCUACAAGUUCACGAAUGCGAAGACCGUGGACAAGUUCUGUGGGACGGAACGAGUAAAGCAGAUGGACUUUGCACUUGUUGUGUCUGGUUCUAUCACUGAUCUGAUAACUGUCAUGCUACCAAUACCCAUGACAUGGUCUCUUCAACUCUCCCUUCGACGGAAAAUCUCGAUCAUUGGCAUAUUCUUGGUCGGUAUGCUGUCUGUCGGAGCCAGUGUAGCCAGAACAUACAUCAGUCUGGACUCCAAAUUCGGCAAAGGGACGCCCAUGGACCAAGGCCUCGGAGUAACUGCGACCUGUCUGUGGACCCUGAUAGAGAUCCAACUUGGAAUCCUAGCUGCCUGCUCGUUGACAAUUCGACCUAUUCUUCACGAAAUUGCAGCCCAUGGGCCGAUCCACAGUCUUCUGACUUCGACAAGAAGUCUCCUGAGCGGAAGAGGCUCACAAGCUGAUACUGGCGCCAGCAGCUUCACCGAGCUUGCCGACGGGAACUCUUUCCGUCGUCGGAGUGAGAGCCGAAGCAGAAAUGGCUCUGCGAAAUCCGGCAUUGAUCGUUACAAUGAUCCACUGCCGAAGAAGAAUGGAGUUAUACACGUUUCAACCGACUUUAGAGUGGACACCAGAGAUGCUUGACUGUCCUUCUUGUGGUUAAGCGCCUAAAUGUCUAUCGCACGAAGUAGCCUGAUCGAUACAUAUAUUUACCAUCAGUGUUGGCUAUAUAAUGAUCGCAAAUGGAAUUUAGGGCACUACGGUGAAAAGGCAGUAAGAAAGUGCCAUAUAUUAGAUCAGUCGCAUCAAUACCAUAUCAUCGCAAUGCUCAAAGUAUACAUAGAGAUCUCCCAAGCAAUCAUUGCGCAAUACGAUGUAACAUAAGGAAUGGUCAGCAGUCG